AUGUUUUCUUAUUUGAGUAAAAAAAUUGCCAUACCAAAUAACGCAAAAUUAAAAUCAGCAUCGUGGAGCAAAGAACAUGGUUAUGUGGCUUGUGGAGGAGAAGAUGGGUUAUUAAAGGUUUUAAAACUGGAGGUACAAAAUGACACUAAGCACAAAGGCCUGGCUGCGCAAACAAAUCUGGUAAUGAAUCAAACUCUGGAUGGACAUUCAGAUGACGUCCAAGUUAUCAUUUGGAAUGAAAAAUUUAGGAAAAUUACUUCAUCUGACCAGAACGGCCUUAUAAUUGUGUGGAUGCUUCAUAAAGGGGCUUGGUAUGAAGAGAUGAUCAAUAACAGAAACAAAUCUUCUGUUAAAGAUAUGAAAUGGGAUUGUGAUGGCCAGAGAAUAUGUAUAGUGUAUGAAGAUGGAGCUGCGAUUGUUGGAUCAGUUGAUGGUAACAGAAUCUGGGGGAAGGAGUUGAAACAUGGAAGCCUCACAUCAGUUGAGUGGUCACCAGAUGGAAAUAUUCUGCUUUUUGGUCUGCUGACGGGGGAAAUUUGUGUCUUUGAUAGCUACGGAAACUUCCUGAACAAAAUGCCCACUUAUUGCUUGAACAAUAUACAUGGUGCUGUUCGAAUUAUAAGUUUAGAUUGGUAUAAAGGAGGAAACAAUUAUGGUAUCAGAAUGCUACCUUCAUUGGCUGUAUGCUACGAUGUUGGACGUUGUCAGCUGAUGACUAAUCAUGAAGAUCCAGAUCCAGUCCUAUUAAACACUGGGAUUCAAAUAACAUGUUCUUGUUGGAACGAAGAUGGAUCUAUGUUAGCUGUAGCGGGAACACAAAUAUCAACUGAUCGUAAUAUAAACGUAGUACAGUUUUACAAUCCAUUCGGUCACCAUUUAAGUACAUUACUUUUACCUGGUAAAUGCUUAACAGCAUGUACAUGGGAAGGUAAUGGUUCACUUAGAUUAGCUUUGGCAGUUGAUUCUUUUCUAUACUUUGCCAAUUUACGUCCACAUUAUAAAUGGGCAUACAGUUCAACAGCGAAUACAAUCAUUUACAAUUAUUCACGUCCACAUACAUUUGAACAUUCAAUUACAUUUUGGAAUUUGAAAACAAACAAAACUAAGAUAAUUUCCGUUCAUCAUUUAAUCGAUAUUUGUGCUUCAGAAGAUUAUGUAUGCUUGGUUUGUAAACCUAGCGAUGCUGGUCAAGGGGUUAUUUUAACCAUGUAUACUGCAAUUGGUGUUGCAAUAGAAUCAAAACAUGUACAAUUUGAACCAACUCAAUCAAUGAUGACUUCAAAUCAAAUUAUUUUAAUUAAUAAAAGUUUCAUUUAUAGUUGGCAAUAUUUUACACCGAAACAAAUACUUGAUUUAGGUUUUAAAUUUACAUCAUCGACACUUCGUCAACGUGAUGGAAUUGAAAGGCUUUAUCAUAUUGAUACAAUUUCAUUAAAAACUGUAUCAUCGGAUUUGGUUGAUGAUGAUAUUUCUUCAUCAAUAUUUCAAACAAAAGUUGACUGGAACUUAAUGAAUCAACCAGUUUCAUCUGAUCCAAUAUCUACAUUGACAAUUAGUCAUUCUACUAGACGUUUACUUAUUGCUCGAGAGUCUGGUUUAAUACAAAUUUACAGGUUACCUGAUUUAUAUUAUGAAAUGAAAUUUUCAGUAGGUGAUAAUUGUCCGUAUCGGAUAUAUGUCAAUUGUGAUGCCACUUGUCUAGGUGUAAUCGAUGAAUCGGGUAUUUUUCGGUUACAUCUAAUACCAGACAAUUCCACUAGUCUUUCAUCAUCUCUCAAAUUUCAAAAUAUUGAUAAUUUCAUGAGAAAAGAUGUUUGGGAUGUUAAAUUUGAGGAAGAUAAUCCUGAUAUAUUUGCUAUAAUGGAAAAAACUCGAAUGUAUAUAUUUGAUGGUUUACAAUCUGAACCAGCAAUUCAUACAUCUACAUACCUUUAUGAAUUCAAAAAUUUAGAAGUUCAAGGUAUUCUAUUAGAUGAAUUAGUGAAAACUGUAAAUAUUCAACCAAAUGAAGAAUUUCUUUUAAAGACACCAAUAAAGAAAGUUCGAGAUUUUAAGCAAAUAUUAGAAAAAGAUGGAUUAGAAAAAGCAUCGGAAUUUAUUAAUAAUAAUCCACAUACUAAAUUAAGACAUUUAUUCAUUGAAGCUUGUUUGGAAAAGCAAAAUUUAGAAAUGGCUGAAUUACAAUUUGUUCAUUUACAAGAAUAUUCAGGAAUACAAUUUAUUAAAAGAUUGAGAAAUAUUCAGUCAAAGUUAAUUAGAAAAGCAGAAAUACUUGUUUAUUUCAAAAAAUAUGAUGAAGCUGAAACAUUAUUGCUAAAUAAUGAUCGUUCAGAUUUAGCAGUAGAAUUAAGAAAACGAUUAGGUGAUUGGUUUCGUGUAGCUCAAUUAACUAAAGAUACUGGUGUACUAAUGAAAGAUUUAGAACAAGCUGAAAUAUGGAAUGGUAUAGGUGAUUAUUAUUAUAAUCAAAUGUUAUGGGAUAAGGCGGCUGGUUAUUAUCAACAAGGAAAUGAUUUGCUUAAAUUUGCUGAAUGUCUAUACCAAUUGGAAGAUUAUAAAGGAAUUGAAAGAAUAAUAGAAGAGUUACCCGACUGUCAUGAUACACUCUAUGAUUUUGGUCUUAGGUUCGCUAAUUUGGGUAUGAUAAAACAAGCUAUGUAUGCGUUCAUAAAGUGUAAUCGCCGUAAAGAAGCAAUCGAUGUCUGUUUACGUUUAAAUGAAUGGCGUGUUGCCUAUGAACUAGCUAAAUCUAUCGAUUCACAAGAUGCUGAUCAUCAUCAUCAUCAGGAACAACAAAAAAGAAUUGAUAAUUUAUUAAAACAAUCAGUAAAUUGUUUUAUUGAACAAGGAAAAAUAAUUGAAGCUGUUGAAUUAUAUAAACACGCUGGUCGAUUUUUAGAUGCUGCAGAAUUAUUGUAUAAAGUAAGUGAUUUAAAGUGUUGGUAUCUGUUGGGUUAGAAGCCUAAAAUAAUUGACCGAUUAAAGUAUUUAUUGUUAAUAUAAAUUAAUAUAUUUUGCAAGGUCUAAUCUUCACCGGUUUACCUUCUGGCUCAAAGUAUUUGUCAUCGUUGAAGCGACUGAAAUUAUAUAAUGGUAUUUAUGCGUGUGUGGCCUGUAUCUGACUCCAGUUCGUCCGUAUGAAAAAUUACCAUCAAACAUACAUACUGCUAAUCCUCAUAAUAUAAGAGUCAGUCAGACAUAGGCAACAUAGAAUUUAAGAACCAACUGAAGAUAAAGAGUUAAUAUAUCUUCUCCAUUGAGACUAAUUCACAGCCAUGAGAUAUAACGACCUCAAUCACUUUUUUUGUUGAGAAAAUCGACAUUUACCAACACAGUUAAGUCCAACAUUUAUUCACUUCAUGAACUAACGCCAAUUCUUGAUAUAUCUGCCUUCAGCUUUUCUUCCAACCCACUUUCAUACACUGAAGCAUAAUUUGAAUGAAAGUGGAAAGUUAUUCUUGUAUUC